UUUUUCUCCGCUCCGCAAUCGGUAACACCAUGCGAGUCGGCAUAAAUUCGCCGGCAGCUGAGCAAGAUGUAUCCCGUGAGCUCGCAGAAAAGGUCCUGGACAUUCGCCAAUGAGGGCCAGCUCAUGGAGUUCCGCGUGGAGCAGAACAGCAAGUACAUCGAGUUGCACGAGGAGGAGGCGCAGGGUCGCGACCUCAAUGAGCACUUUCUCACGUCGGCGGAGGAGCGCCUGUUGCUGAAGCAGUACGAGAUCUACCUGUUCGACUUCUGCCGCCGCUUCGAACCGCCGAUGCCCAAGUGCGUGGUGGGCACGGCCUUCCACUACUUCAAGCGGUUCUAUCUGAACAACUCCCCCAUGGACUAUCACCCCAAGGAGAUUCUAGCCACAUGUGUGUUCGUUGCCUGCAAAGUGGAGGAGUUCAACGUGUCCAUCAACCAGUUCGUGAACAACAUCAAGGGCGACAGGAACAAGGCCACAGACAUAGUGUUGUCCAAUGAAUUACUGCUGAUUGGACAGCUCAACUACUACCUCACCAUACACAAUCCGUUCAGACCCAUCGAGGGCUUCCUGAUAGAUAUAAAAACUCGCAGCAAUAUGCAGAAUCCAGAUCGUCUGCGGCCACACAUUGAUAGUUUUAUCGAUUCCACAUACUACUCGGAUGCUUGUCUUCUGCAUACGCCUUCGCAAAUUGCAUUGGCUGCCGUCCUCCACGCGGCCAGCAGAGAGCAAGAGAAUCUCGAUAGUUAUGUGACGGAUCUUCUCUUUGUCUCCGCCAGAGAGAAGCUACCCGGACUCAUAGAUGCCGUGCGAAAAAUUCGCAUAAUGGUGAAGCAAUAUCAGCAGCCCGAUCGGGAAAAGGUCAAGGCCAUCGAGAAGAAGUUGGACAAGUGCCGAAAUCAAGCGAAUAACCCUGAUAGCGAACUCUAUAAGGAGCGCCUACGCCGAUUGUACACCGAUGAGGAUGACAUGCCCGCCGAAGAUGCCUCAUUCCACAUUGCAGAUGUGAGCUCGGACACAUCUGCUAUGAACAUCAGCCAAUAGACUUAUUUUAUUUAUUUAAAUGAUGGGAGGAUGUACUACUUCGUGGAUCGAUAUUAAAGCAUUUUGUAAUUUA